AUGUGCUUCAGUGCCUUGUGGCAUUUCAGAGUGAAGGUUGGCAACAACUGUGUUGUCUGCGCGGAGGCCAUUCUGAUCGGAAAUAUAACUAUUGGUGAUGGAACCACUAUUCAUCCGCGAGCGCAGAUAAUUGCAGAAGCGGGACCAAUCAUCAUCGGUGAAAAUAACCUAAUUGAAGAAAAUGCAUGUAUCGUCAACCGGCACGUUGGCAAUCCUUUGGUUAUUGGAAACGACAACGUAUUUGAAAUUGGUUCUCGAUGCGAAGCAUCGAAGGUCGGCGAUGGAAACGUCAUUGAAAUGAAAGCUGUUUUCGUAAGUGUGACUAACAUCGAUUGGGGUUGCUCAGUUGGUUGUCGGACUCAGAACCGAGAGGUCCCAGGUUCGAGCCCUGGUUAG